AUGAGUGUACACGAUUCCUCUGCUCCAUCUCCUGCAUGGAGGCUUAUAGCAGGGAUUUUGGGGAUCUUCUGUUUGGCUUUGCUCAUAGCAGUGGGGGUUUUGGCUGCAAAUUUUUUUCAGAUCUCCCUUGUACCAUGUAGACAGCACGAUAACCUCACCCAGCACCAGGAAAUUACCCAAGGGUGGAAGUUUCUUUGUCCAGAAAAUUGGUUUCCCCAUGGAGAGAAAUGUUAUAACUUUUCUACUGAAUCCAAACCUUGGCUGGAAAGUCAAAAGGCCUGCUCUUCUCAUGGCUCCAGACUCCUCCUGAUAGAAAACAAAGAAGAGCUGGACUUCAUUAGCCCCCUUGCAACUUCUCACUGGAUAGGAUUGUCACGUGAGAAGACCGACAGACCGUGGAUGUGGGGGAAUGGCACAGCUUUCUCCACUGACUGGUUUGCAGUAAAGAAAGGAUACAUUGAUGGAAACUGUGCAUAUGUCACAGGUCAAGAGCUCUCCUCUGGUCCAUGCAAAUAUGGAAAGCGCUAUAUUUGUGAGCAACUAGUUCUUUGGCCAAAGCCUGAGAUAUAGGCAUGAGAUGGAUCAUGGAAACCAUGAAAUCUGGGGCAUCCCAAACACCCUGACAAAUAUCCCCCAAUAAAUACUACCACUCUCAUCUUUUCCUCUUCAGAGGCUAUGUUCAUAUUAUAAAAUUGUAACACAUUUUGCUGUGACCACAUAUUGUUCAUGAGUCUGUCUCAAAAGGAGCUGGGAAUGGCCACUCAGAGUAAAAAGCAGAUAGUUAAAUCUAAUAAACCACAUGUCUUUUGGAUACUCACAGCCGAUCAGAGCCCUCCCACUAGAACCUGGUUUCUUUUUCCUUGUCCAGUUCAAUG